AUGCGUAAGAUGAUACGCGCUAAAUUUUUACCAAGUGACUACAGACAGCAACUCUUUGUUAAGUUGCAGAAUUUUCAACAAGAAUCUCGUCUUGUAGAAGAUUAUGUUGCUGAGUUUUAUAACUUACUUGCCAGGAAUGAAAUUAAUGAAUCUGAAGAACGAUUGGUAGCGCGUUUUGUUAAAGGAUUGAAUAGAUUGAUUCAAAACAACAUGACUCAAUCUGCUUUUACUAUGGUUGAAGUUAUUCAACAAGCCAUUAAGAUCGAAAAACGACUCUUUAAGGUUUCCAAAACUUCUCAGUUUCGUCCUCCACGGUUUAAUUCGAACUAUAAACCACAACAUUUUUCAGUGAAUUUCAGUUUCUCUCAGUCACCACUUCAUGCUAAUUCUUCUCCAAUUUUACCAAGUCCAUCUGAGAAUUCUCCUAUCCAGCAACAACAAUCAAAAUCUGCUGCACUUCGAUUUUCAAACAGGAACCAACAACAAUUUCCUCCUCCUACUAAACCCACAAAUUUAUAUUCUAAAUUUAGAGGUGAUAAGUGCAAUGAGUGUCAUCAAGUUGGUCAUUCCUCUGCUGAUUGUAGACGUUUCAAUGGUUUUAUUGGCGACACUUCUGACAAUAAAGACAAAGAACAAGUAGAUGAUGAUGAGGAUGAAGAAGAAGAUUAUCCAGAUUUGCAUGAAGUCUAUGUCGAUCAUUUAGUGUGUAUGAUUCUCCCACUCCUGCUUAAUCAACCUUGCUAUUCUCAAAGACAUAGCAUAUUUAAAACAAAGUGUUUCAUUGGAGGGAAAGUUUGUGAUAUGGUUAUUGACAGUGGUAGUGUUGAUAAUUACAUCUCCUCUAUGGUAGUCGAGAAGUUAGGAUUACCUGUUACUCCACACCCUCAUCCUUACUCUGUGGGAUGGGUAACAAGUUCUACUACUUAUCAAAUUACACAUCAAUGUGUAGUCACUUUCUCUUUUGUUGGUUUUGAAGAUUCUGUCUUAUGUGAUGUGAUAGACAUGAAUACAACAUAUCUUCUUCUUGGAAGACCAUGGAAAUAUGAUGUCCGUGUUGACACAUACAAAUUUUACAAGAAUGGUAAAAAGAAGGUCCUUCAUCCGUCCAAGUCUUCUUCUGUGAUCAAAGAACAUAGUGAUGAUAAUACAAGUACUUUGGUGGCUACAAUAUCACGUUGUUUACAUUCAACUCAUACUUUGAGUUCUCAUGAAGAAAACAAGCCGAUGAUAAAAGUUCCGGUUCAGGUACAACCUUUAUUAUCCAAGUAUUCUGAGUUGUUUCCUGAAGAAUUACUUGUUACUUUACCACCUUUAAGAGAUAUAAAACAUUGCAUAGACUUCAUACCUGGAGCCUCUCUACCUAAUCUAGCUCAUUACAGGUUGAGUCCAACUGAAAAUGAAAUUUUAUAG